GGUGAUACGUACUCUGACCCUAGUGAUAGGUAUGGAGAUCCUGGUGAUGGGUAAACUGACCCUGGUAAUAGGUCUACAGAUCCUGGUGUUGGGCACACAAACUCUAGUGAUACCUACUCUGACCCUAGUGAUAGGUAUGGAGACCUGGUCAUGGGUAUACUGACUCUGGCUGUAGGUGUAUAGACCUUAAUGAACACACAGACUCUGGUGAUACGUACACUUACUCUGGUGAUAGGUAUGGAGACCCUGGUGAUGGGUAUACUGACCCUGGUUAUGGGUGUAAAGAUUCUGAUGAUGGGCACACAGACUCUUGUGAUACGUUCACUGACCCUGGUGAUAGGUAUGGAGACCCUGGUGAUGGGUAUACUGACCCUGGUUAUUGGUGUACAGACACUGGUGAUGGGUGUACUGGCCCUGGUUAUGGGCAUACAGACUCUGGUGAUGGGCACACAGACUCUGGUGAUACGCACUCUGACCCUGGUGAUAGGUAUGGAAACCCUGGUGUUGGUUUUACUAACCGUGGUUAUUGGCAUACAGACUCUGAUGCUGGGCACACAGACACUAAUGAUUGAUAUUAUGACCCUGCUGAUAGAUUUUCAAACCCUGGUGAUACGUAUUCAAACCCUGGUGAUGGAUACACAGAGCUUUGUGAUAUGUACUCUGACCCAGGUAAUAGAUUUACAGACCCUGGUGAUACGUAAACUGACCCUGGUUAGGUGUAUACAGACCCUGGUGAUGAGCACACGGACUCUGGUGAUACGAACUCUGACCUUGGUGAUAGGUAUUGAGAACCAUUGUUGAUGGGUAUACUGGCCCUCGUUAACGGCAUACAGACUUUGUUGAUAGGCACACAAAUUAUAGUUUACAGACCCUGGUGAUAUGUUUACAGACCCUGCUGAUACGUAUUUUGACCCUGAUUAUGUGUUUAAAGACCCUGGUAAUGGUCACACACACCCUGUUGAUAGGUUAACAGACCCUGGUAAUACGAACUCUGACCCUGGUAAUUGGUAUACUGACCUUGGUGAUGGGUACACAGACUCUGAUGAUACUAACACUGACCGUAGUGUUUGGUACUGAGAUCUUUUGAUGGGUAUACUGACACUGGUUAUUAGUGUUCAGACCCUGGUGAUGGGCACGCAGACACCAAUGAUAGGUAAAAUGACCCUGCUGAUAGAUUUACAUACAUCACUUACUCUGGUGAUAGGUAUGGAGACCUGGUGAUGGGCAUACUGACCAUUGCUAUAGGUGUAUAGACCUUAGUGAACACACAGACUCUGGUGAUACGUACACUUACUCUGGUGAUAGGUAUCGAGACCCUGGUGAUGGGUAUACUGACCCUGGUUAUGGGUGUACAGAUUCUGGUGAUGGGCACACAGACUCUGGUGAUACGUACUCUGACACUGGUGAUGGGUAUAGUGACCCUUGUUAUGGGUUUACAGACUCUGGUGAUGGGCACACAGACUCUUGUGAUACUCUGACCCUGGUGAUAGGUAUGGGGACCCUUGUGAUGGUUAUACUGAUCCUGGUGAUGUGUGUUCAGAAUCUGGUGACUGGCACACAGACUCUGGUUAUACGUACUCUGACCCUGUAGACCCUGGUGAUGGGUGUACUGACUCGGUAAUGUGUAUACAGACCCUGGUGAUAGGUCAUUGAUAGAUCUACAAGGGGUCAGUGACC